AUGUCCUCCGACGAAGACGAGGGUGAUGGAGUGAACAACUCGGGAGUCCUAACCAACCUGCUCUUCGGUAAUGUCAAUGCGGAGGGAGCCCUCGAAGAUGACAUUUUCGAUGAGUCCACGAGGAAGAGCCUCCAUCAACUCAGUCAUUUGGGCAUGGGGAAUCUCGUCAGUGAGCUCGCCGAAGAAUGCAGUGACGAACAACAAACCGACUACAAACAAGGAGAAAAAGACGCGGCUGCGAUUGACUACUCUGACGAGACGGAACUCGCCGAAGAACAGGAGGGUCAAUCCACUGCCGAGAUGAAGCCGCCGCUUGACAAUCUAGAACCGAAGCCCCAGGAAGUUCGGGAAAUUCAGCCCGGCUCGUCAAGUCCUCAGCAAGAUUCGAAGAUCCACACUCCGCUUGCUCUGAUGCUGCCGGAAAAAUAUCGCAAUGUCGACGUUACUCAACUAUUUCCUCACUUCAAAUCUGGGAAAGUUUUGCGGUUUUCGAAACUUUUCGGUCCUGGAAAACCAAACAGCCUUCCUCAGAUAUGGCGAGGAGUGAAGCGUCGGAAGAAGAAACGCAAAUACGAAGACGCUACGAUCGAUCAGGACAAACGUAAUGUUGAUCUCGACAUCCUCGAGGAUGUUCCUCCGGACGCGGUGGAGACUUCAGAAGCCCUGACCUUGGAAUCUAACCAGGACAAAGAGAAAGACAAGAAGGAUCGUAAGGAUGACGACGAUAAAAUUUCUGGGGACUCGAGCCAGCCCGUCGCAGCGGAUUUCCGUUUCGGGCCGGCACAGCUCUGGUACGACAUGUUCGCUAUCAACGAGAAUGGGGACUCGCUGGACUACGGCUUCAAGCUGAUCACGGAGGACGAGAGGCAAGACGUCGAGAAGUACCCUCAUCUGAAGCAAUACGAAAUUCCUAGACGGGAGGACGACGUGCCAGAAGAUGCCUUCCUGAUGGUGACUCAAUUGCAUUGGGAAGACGACAUCAUCUGGAACGCUGAGGAGUUCAAGCACAAGAUGAAUAUGCCGGGGGUGAAGACGGGCGCCCACGCAGCGGGAUGGGUACCCUCGAUUCAGAAUAGGACAUUUUCACAACACAAACCCUCACCCAUGCCCACUUUGACACCGCUCCAGCCUGAGAAGAAUGGACAGUUCUCCGCCGCAAAUCAGAAGUCCCACCAGAUAGCGCAGUCCGCCUUGCAGAAAGCUGCGGCAGCGAAGGGAGUCAAGUCUGCGGAAGACACGACGUGGUAUUCGAUUUUCCCGGUCGAAAACGAGGAGUUGGUCUACUCCCCCUGGGAGGAGGAAAUUAUCUGGGACGCUCAGGCUAUGACGAAAGUGCCGGCGCCCCAGAUGCUUACGCUGGACCCAAACGAUGAGAACAUCAUCCUAGGCGUCCCCGACGAUCCCGAUCCUGCGAAAAUGCGCGAACCCCAGACGCAAACCAAAGAGAAGAAGAACCCCAACAAAGACCCUCUCAGAAAAUCCAGGAUCCUUCUGGGCAAAGCGGGUGUGAUCGCAGAGCCCGAACCACAGAGCCCGCAGCCUGCCAAAGAACAGGACCAGAAAGAUCCAUACAACAUUUCCAAUGAUGAAUACUACAACCCGCGCCAAGCCCAAGACUCAGCCCUCAAGCCCAACGUCGGUGGGAAUCUCAUCCAGCAUUCGAUACCAGCGAUCGAGUUGCGACAGCCCUUCUUCCCGACUCAUAUGGGUCCUCUGAAGCUCCGGAGUAUCCAUCGACCAUCGCUGAAACGAUUUUCGCACGGACCGUUGGCGACUCCCGGACCGCAUGGUGUCAUCUCGUUAUUGAAAAACAUCAAACGAAAGCAGAAGGAGCGAGACGCCGAGCGGCAGGCCAGCGGUGGCGGAGAGAUGUUCUUCAUGCGUACGCCUGAGGAUCUCUCCGGCAAAGACGGCGACCUCGUGUUGACCGAGUACAGCGAGGAGCAUCCCCCUCUGGUGAUGCAGAUCGGCAUGGCAACCAAGAUCAAAAACUACUACAAACGAAAGCCCGGCAAGGACAAUACGCCCGAGUUACAUUUCGGUGAGAUGACGCUCGCGCACACGUCGCCUUUCCUAGGUCAACUUGCGCCUGGAAAAUGUCAGCCGGCGUUCGAGAACAAUUUGUUCAGAGCUCCGAUGUAUGAGCACCAAUUGCCGAUGAGCGAUUUCCUCAUCAUCAGGACGAGGCAGCACUACUACGUUCGCGAGGUCGACGUCAUUUUCACAGUGGGGCAGGAGUUGCCGCUCUAUGAAGUGCCCGGCCCCAAUUCCAAGCGCGCUAAUAAUUUCAUAAGAGAUUUCCUACAGGUUUUCAUUUAUCGACUCUUCUGGAAAUCCUUCGAUCAUCCAAGGCGGAUUAAGAUGGAGGACAUCCGGAAAGCGUUCCCGAAUCACUCAGAGAGCUCGAUUCGAAAGCGUCUAAAAUUAUGCGCUGACUUCAAACGGACGGGGAUGGACUCCAAUUGGUGGGUGCUCAAACCCGACUUCCGAUUACCGACAGAAGACGAAAUAAGGGCAAUGGUCAGCCCGGAGCAAUGCUGUGGUUAUUAUUCGAUGUUGGCGGCUGAGCAGAGAUUGAAAGACGCUGGAUACGGAGAGAAGAGUCUGUUCACCGCCGAUGAAGAAAAUGAAGAUGAUCUUCAGAACAAGAUCGACGACGAGGUGAAAACAGCUCCGUGGAACACGACGAGAGCUUUCAUCCAGGCCAUGAAGGGCAAAUGUCUGCUCCAACUCACCGGAGUAGCCGAUCCGACAGGCUGUGGCGAAGGAUUUUCGUAUGUCCGCAUUCCUAAUAAACCGGUGCAGUCAAAGGACGAAGAACGUAAAGAAGCCGUCAAGAAAACUGUUACCGGGACAGAUGCCGAUCUACGUCGGUUAUCACUUUCAAAUGCGAAGAAUCUUUUGCGAAAGUUCGCGGUUCCCGAAGAUGAAAUCAAGAAGCUCACGCGUUGGGAAGUGAUUGACGUCGUGAGGACUCUGUCCACGGAACAAGCCAAGGCUGGCGAGGACGGAAUGAGCAAAUUCGCGAGAGGGAACCGGUUUUCGAUCGCUGAGCACCAGGAAAGAUACAAGGAGGAAUGUCAGCGGCUCUUCGACCUGCAGAACAGAGUCCUGUCGUCGCACGAAGUCCUCUCUUCGGACGAGGAGAGCAGCGUCGGCGAAGAAGAGAGCGAAGAAGACAUCGAGGAGAUGGGUAAAAAUAUUGAGAAGAUGCUGUCAAACAAGAAGACGUCCAGCCAGCUGAGCCACGAGAAGGAGGAAGCCGAAAGACGAGAGCUGCAGAAGCUGAUCCUCGGCGAAGACGACAAGAAGGGCAAGCUCGGCAAAGACAAGAAAGAAGACGAAAAGGACACCGCGCCGAAAAUUCUCAAAAUCUACCGAACCUUCAAAAACAGCAAAGGCAAAGAAUUCGUCCGUAUAGAGACUGUUCGUAAGCAAGCAAUCAUCGACACCUACGUCAGAAUUCGCGAGACGAAGGACAAGGACUUCAUUAAACAGUUCGCGAUGUCACUCGACGAAAACCAAAAAGAAGAGAUGCGGAAGGAACGUCGCAGGAUUCAGGAGCAGCUGCGUCGCUUGAAGCGAAACCAAGAGCGUGAGAAGCUCGGUCCGAAUGCUCCUUUGACCCCAUCUCGGAAACGGUUCAAGAAAGAUGCCCCUCAGCUGAAACUCAAAUGCGGAGCGUGUGGCAUGGUCGGACAUAUGCGAACGAAUAAGGCUUGCCCCAAAUAUCAGGACCCAUUGGCAGAGGACGGAAGUCCCCAAGACGCUCGGGAGGAAGAAGAACCCGAAAUCGAAGAGGAGGAAGAUCAGAACACGAGCUUGCUCCAGGAGGAUAACCUCGUCAAGGUCGACGAAACUCGAGUUGUCCUGUCGAAAUCACUCAUCCAGCAUGCGGACGAACUCCGUCGAAAAAGUCUCGUGCUGAAGCUGCCGAACAUGAAGAAACGGCGGAGCAGAAUGGAAUCCACGACACAGUGCGACUAUCUCCGCAAGCCGGCGCAGUCCGCGAACAGGAGACGCACAGAUCCGCUCGUCACGUUGUCAUCUCUCCUCGAGCAUAUCUUGAACGAUAUGCGAGAUUUACCGGACGUUCAGCCGUUCACGCAUCCGGUGAAUCCGAAAGCCGUUCCUGAUUAUCACACGAUCGUCGCCCGGCCCAUGGAUCUGCAGAAGAUGCGAGAGAAGGUUCACGAGCACGCUUACCAAUCCAGAGAGGAAUUUCUUGUGGAUGUCAAUCAGAUUGUUGAGAACAGCAAUCUGUACAAUGGCGCCCAACAUCAAUUGACGCAAUCCGCUAAGAAUAUGCUAGAGUUGUGCAUCAAGAAGUUCGCUGAAAGGGAGAGCACGCUCAUGCGACUAGAGAAAGCGAUCAACCCGCUCCUGGACGAUGACGAUCAAGUUGCGCUGAGCUAUAUCUUUGAGAACAUAGUUGUCAGCCUCAAAGCCAUUCCCGAAUCGUGGCCGUUCCACAAACCUGUGAAUAAGAAGAUGGUGAAAGCCUACUAUGAUGUCAUCAAGGAGCCGAUCGAUCUCGACACAGUCAUGAGUAACAUCAAAUCGCACAAAUACCACUCCAGACGCGAGUUCAUAGCCGACAUUGAGCUCAUGUACGCGAACAGCGUGCAGUUCAACGGAGAAGACUCCGCCUUCAGCAUGAAAGGCAAAGAGAUCUUCGACACAGCUGUCGAGCUAAUCAACGCCCAAGACGAUCACAUUUCGAAUCUUGAGAGUGCGAUCAACCGUGCGCUCGAAGAAGCGGAAACUGAUUCGCUCGCAGCCUACGGUCCCGGGGACGGCACCCGAGGCGAGGAAGAAAUGGUUGACGUGGAAGAUGUCGGCCAAGACGACGAUGAUCCUAAUUUGGGUGCGGACCUUCAAAUCAGUCCCGACAACUCCCCGGAUCAGUCAGAGCAAGACGACAACGGAUCUCACUAUUCCGACGAUGAAAACCGGGGCGUCCUGUUGACCAGGAGUGGUUUCCAACAAAACUCCAAUCAAGAGGACGAAGAGAUAAUCGACGAGAACUACGACCCCACAGACUUUUUGCUCCAGGGGAACUUCCAGUUCCAGCGGACCGAGGAGGUCCAAGAGGAAAGACAGCUCAUGGAGGUCGACGGCCAAGAUACAUCUCAACAGGUCGACGACGCGAACGAUGAGUCCAAUCAGCCGUGGCUCAACGAUAAUCAGAACGACGAUCCCAUGGAUUCGGACAAUGGGGAAGCCAUACACAACGACCUAGUGAUCUCUGAGAGUGACGAGGAUCAAGAAGAACAACAGGACGCCCAAGAGGAACCAGGGAGCAGGAAUGAUGAUGAUGACGAGGAAGACGGUCUGUGGUUCUGA